AACAAAAAGGCAAACUCUCUCUCCUCUCUUCUUUCUCUCUCUUCACCCAUCAUCAUCCAUCAUCUUAGCAUAAUCAGCAGAAUCUCCCUUUCUCUCCCUACUUUCUCUCUCCUCAAGUUCUUAUCAUCUUCGUCUCUUUCCUCGCCACUCAACGCUACCUUCUCUCAGGGAAUUUCUACAGAUUUGAGUUUGUUGUACCUGCUUGUUGACAGGAGCUACAACUGUUAUGCGAGUGUCUUCUGUCUGGAAUUCUUAAGUCCUCUAAUCAUGUCAGGUGGGGACGUCAGAGGCCCCUCUGGUCAACAAUUACAAUGGGUGAAAAAUCUUAUAGAGCGAUGCAUUCUACUGCACAUGAGUAAGAAAGAAGCUGUGGACACGAUCACACGUGAAGCAAGUGUGAUGCCUACUGUUAUCGAAAUUUUAUGGAACCGACUUGAAGCAGAGAAUCAAGAAUUUUUUGAGGCUUAUCAUAUUCGAUUGGCAUUGAAGGAACAAAUACAGCAGUUUAAUGAACUGUUGAAGCAGCAGGGGCUGCUGAUGGGCAAGAUCAAACCUACUGGAGUUGCUCCCAUGCCAACUACUAAUGGUGCGCACAUGGCACAAUUCCAACAAAAUGCUGGCUGCUAUGGUACUAUUGAUCAGACUGGACCAUCUUUAACACCAGAGAGCUUACAACCUUCUAUUGCUCCAAGUUUACCCAAUUCCUUCACUAAUGGUGUAUCAUCCUUGCAAAUACCUUCACCUUUUCCGUCCAGAACAAUUGAUAUUAAUCCUAACUCACUUCAUAUUCAGAACUCUAAUUCCUUGAGAUUGAUGCAAGGUUUGAAUGGAGGGAUUGUUAAAUCAGAAAGUAGCUAUCCUUCCAAUUCCUCAAUUUUUUAUGAAGCUGAUCCACAUCUUGGUGAAGUGCAUGGCUCCAUGGAGGAUCCAUCUAUUGCAGCUUUUGGUGGUUUGGAAGCAAGCUCACAACCGUUAAAUGAGACAAUGUUGGGCAUCAACGGUUCUUUUGAGCAGCUGGGAUCCAAAUUCUUUGGUCUUGUUUAUCCUAAUGGAUUAGAGAAUUACACAAAUUCAGCUCUUAUGUCUACAGAGACGGAGAACAUCCUUGCUGCCCGAGACAGGGGUGAAUUAGCAGAAGGAAACAAGGUGCCAUUGACAGAGAACUAUCAUAAUUAUGAAGAUUUUGAAAGUUAGUUUGUCACUCAAGGCAACAUUUAUAUGUACAUAUGAUUUUAGGGACAGACUGAGUCUUUGUAGAGUUAAAUACUUUUUCGCAGAGGUACAUAAAUUGGUGUGCGUACUGCAACAUUUGUUAAUGCUUCCAUGAUGAGAAGGGUGGCAGUUCAAGUCUAGAAGACAAAGUGUUGUGGAGAUGUGUAAUGACUUUUGGUUUAGUGUUUGGUUAGUCAUACAAAGUAUAAUUUUAGGAAAAGCUGAAUGGGCGAGUAAUGAACGUCUUAUUGUGACUUCUAAUCAGGAUUUUGUAAGAUGAAAUUGAUAAACAUAGCCUUUUCUUUUUUUUGUGUUUGAUUGAAAACUGGAACUUUAUUCAUGAUGUAGGUCGUGAUUUUAGGCUACAGUUCCCUUCAUGCUAUAAUGUUUUAUGAUUUGGGGGGAGAGGAGGCGGUAUACAGAAUUAGGUUGUUACUCUGUAUGUGGUUUAUGAUGUUCUGCAACUACCAGAAUUUUGCUACAGUUUACCUCUAUUUGUAAGCUUAGGCUUAACUUCUUCUGA